GUCCAUAUGUGAGAAAUUUGAUCCAUCAAGAAAUAGGGUCAACGAAGUUUGGACUGGGUUUGAAGCUACCAGUGGUUUCCCGAAAGUAAUUGGAGCAAUAGACGGUACUCACAUAAAUAUUCCAGCACCUCUUAUUGAACCAGUAUCGUAUAUAAAUCGUAAGGGCCAUUAUUCUAUUCAACUGCAGGCUGUAUGUGACCAUAGAACAAAUUUUAUUCACUGUUACGUUGGACACCCAGGUUCUGUACACGAUCAACGUGUUUUUAGAUUAUCUGAGUUGCAACAGUGGUUGGGGGAUCCUGAUAAAUUUCCCCAGAACUGCCACAUCCUUGGUGAUGCUGCAUAUAAGUUACACGAAAAUGUCAUUGUUCCUUAUCGUGACAACGGACAUCUCACUAUUAGACAAAGAAACUUUAAUUUCUGUCAUUCGUCAAGCAGAAUAGCAAUUGAAAGAGCUUUCGGAUUACUGAAAACAAGAUUCUGUAGCAGGCGUUGCUAA